CACGAACGCCGGAACGUGCGGUACGCCCGUCCUGUACGUACAUACAUACGUCGGUUUGAAUGAGCGACUACCGCGGCAUUCGGCGGCGUGAGUUAAAAUCAAACGACUCGACGCGACGCGCCCGCGUUGGUGUGACUCGGUGACUCGCGAGUUCCUUCGCCCUCCUCCGACCCCGGCGUGUCUUUUUCCUUCAGUCCCGAGUUCCCUUUUUUUCCGCUCUCUCUCUCUCUCUCUCUCUCCUCCAUUUCUCUCCCUCGUCCUCGUCUCGUCUCGUCUCUCGUCCCCGUGUGAAAGAGAAGCGUGAGGAAGCGGCGACGUGAAUCGCGAGCGUCGCGGCGCGCACGCCGCACGUGCACGUGCACGACGUGAUCCUGCGGAACCCGCGAACAUGGAGGUCGCGCGGAAGGUGCACUACGACGCGUGCGACAUGAAGAACGGCGAGCUCACCUGGAGCUGCGGCGGCGGCGGCGGUGGCGGUGGCAACGGCAACGGCGACGGCGUCGGAGCCGGCAGCGGUGUCGUCGGCGGCGGCGGCGGCGGCCACAGCCCGGAAUGCAACGUCCUCAACUCCUCCGGGGACGACUUCGGCUCGCCGCCGCCGCUGCAGCCGCGCAAGCUGUUCGACGCGACGGACUGCAACGACGACGAGGAUCAGCCGAUGAACAACAACAACAAGAUUCUGCCCUUCGUGACAGGUACUCCAGCCAUCAAGGCUCCCAUCAGUCGUGAAAGUGCUUUUCACAAGAAUUCAAUGGGGUGUAGUCCACCCUACAAGCGUGUUAGGGCAUUACGUCUAUUCGACUCGCCCACUACCCCGAAAACCUUGAUACAGAAGAGCGUGUUUCAAACUCCGUUACCGUCAAGGUGUUCUAAACUUUUUAAUCUAGACAAGCCUAGACCAUCGAAGAUAAGUCCCAGUUACCAGAAUAAAUUGGAAAAACCCACCGCGAAUAUAAAUCCAUUCACGCCUACCGGCAUGUUAAUAACGGCAAGAAAAAGGAGCAGAUCCAAACGUAGUCUCAAUGGUAGUAGUAGCAGCUCACCGGACAUGCAGGUAUCAAAGGGUGACCUCGUAGACUCCGAGGACUCCGACAACGAAUACGAGCACGCGACGAAACGCGUAGCGCUGCAGGACUCGAAUAUAUCGCGUUACCACCAGGAGUUUCACGAGCUCGGCCUGAUUGGGACCGGCGAAUUCGGCUCCGUGCACAAGUGCAUAAAUCGACUGGACGGGUGUACGUACGCUAUCAAAAAGAGCAUCAAACCCGUCGCGGGCAGCAUCAACGAGAAGAACGCGCUGAACGAGGUGUACGCGCACGCCGUGCUCGGCAAGCAUCAGCACGUCGUCCGCUACUACUCCGCUUGGGCGGAGGACAAUCACAUGAUCAUUCAAAACGAAUACUGCAACGGCGGCAGUCUCGCGGACACGAUCCUCCUGAUGCAACAGCAGAAGCAGUACUUCAGCCAGGCUGAGAUGCGUCAGCUGCUGCUGCACGUGGCCGAGGGACUGAGGUACAUACACAGUAUGCAGCUCGUGCACAUGGACAUCAAGCCCGGCAACAUCUUCAUCACCAAGGAGAAGAAGUUGCACGCCAUCAACUACGACUCCGCAGACGACGGUUUUGACGAGGACGAAAACGUCGACGAGGAGAUCACGUACAAGAUCGGCGAUCUCGGUCACGUCACUUCCGUCAACAAUCCGCAGGUGGAGGAGGGCGAUUGCAGAUACCUCCCGACCGAGAUUCUGCAGGAGGAAUUUACUCAUCUGGCGAAGGCCGACAUCUUUGCCCUGGGGUUGACCAUUUACGAGGCAGGUGGCGGCGGACCUCUGCCGAAAAACGGACCAGCGUGGCACGACAUUAGACAGGGGAAAUUGACGGACUUGCCGCACUGCAGUCGCGAUCUGAACAACUUGUUGAAGCUGAUGAUCCACCCCAAUCCGGAAAUGAGGCCGUCGGCGGUGUCUCUGAUGCAGCACCGAGUCCUGUGUCCGAUCGGGAAGAAAACCAAAGCGCAAUUGCGAAGGGAGCUGAACGCUGAGAAACUUAAAAACGAGAUCUUGUCGAAACGACUUCACGACGCGGCAAUGUACCUGAAGUCCAUCACUAACGCACCGAACGUUGUCGUCGAGGGUGUCAAUUGCGACCGGCAGUUGCGACCGACGGCCACCAGAUUAUCGUCGUCCCGUGUUAUAGGCAAAAAAGUCAAUCGUAGUAACAGCACUACGAACUUUUGAAUCUUUUCGUUGAAUUUUUGACACCGGUAAAGUUUCGGAAGGUGAUACUUACGGGAGCGAUCGGUUUCCCUGAACAUCGCCUUAACAUGUGAUACCGUAUCUAGUUUUUUAAGUUUAUUCCAGUAAAAAUAAGACGUUUAAACAUCAGAAUGCCGAGUAAAAUUACGUACGAUUAUAAACGAGCAUUCUCCCUAUGAUGAUUCUCCUGAUACGAUUGAUGUUUAUUAUAUAGCUGUAGACAACGUAAUUCGUAGUAUCUUUAUUAAUACUAUAAUGGUUGUGUAUUUUUCUUUUUUUUUUUUUUGGAUUGUUAUCGAAAACGAAAUUUGUUAGUAUACGAGCGUGUAGCAAGCGAGUUUGCAGUUAAUUUCUCCGGGGGGGAGGGGCACUGAGGGAGCGAAGUUCGGUUUAAUUUAAGAUGUAAUUUACACACUCAAACGUGACAAAAUAAUAUAAUGUAAUAUUACUAGCGUCGACUGGCAUAAAAAUCUUUUCUAAAUUAUGGAAUGAAACUGCUUUAUAUGGCAGGUUAAUUAUGUGCAGUAAGAAAGUUUUUGAGACCACCUUAGUGUUUUGUGUUUCAACGUUGAUGAGACUCUCUCGGCGCUUAUCAAUUCUUUUUACUGGCGGCUCUAAAACUUUUCUUAUUUCGGCACAGGAUUAAAGCAAUUUUAUUCUCUAUCUCGGUAUGCAGUGCAUGCGGAGUAAGUAAAAAUCGCAUGUAAAAGCGAAUUGAAAUAAUUAUUGCGACUUUUACAAUUUUUGCACGUUUCACUAUUUACAUGUUAUACAAAAUCUAAAAGAUAUUUCAUUUUUCAGGAAUUACAAGUUUAUAAAUUAUUUUCUUAACGUUUAAACGGUUUUUUUUUCUUUUAUAUUUUACACACGAAUCCUUUUUUUUUCUUUGUAAAAAUGACAAUGCAUGACUGAACAAGUAUGUUCCAGUGGCAUUAAUAACACAAAUUAUUCUUAUAUCCUUUUAACCUGCUUUCGCUUGCCGAUUGUAACGCUUUCCUUACAAUCUCAAUAACAAAUGCAUGAACAAUUUUGUACCCUAGCAAAGAAAAAAACAAGUUUUUUACCUGUAUAAAAAAUAAUAAGUGCGCCCAUACAUACACUGCCGUAUCUUUUACUGUCUUUUUACUUCAGUCAAUAUUUUGCCAAAAAGUAAUAGGAACGUCAUUUAUCUAUGCCUUUAAGAUGUAACUUAAGCUUAGCUGUAGCGCAAAAUCUCAGGUUGAGUAUAUUUUUCUACUGUAAUAUAACGUUUUAUAUAUGAUGUACCGUUUAUUACUUAGCUGAUCACCAAGAGCAUUUUAUUGCCUAUCGUAAAAAUUUUGUAUUGUUUUGUCGCGAUAUUAUGCAGAUUACUGACUGCAUAAAUUUUACAAGGAGAAAAAGAAAUAUUUUUAUAUUAACGAUUCGUGAUUUUCCAUCAGAAUUACAACGAAAUCUUUUACAAUAGAUUAGCUAAGUAUUAACUAUAUGUAACAUUUAGACAACUACUUACCGCUGUGCCUUUACGGCUUAUGCCAUAAUAUAAGAAACGUUUCUUGUUAUUUCUAGUGUUUCCAACGAUACGCAUGUUUCCGUUAACUACUUUUAUCAGUUGCGAUCGCAAAAUAAUUUUAUCAAAUAAUUUUGUCUUUAAUAUCGUAAUCCUGAAAUAAGUAUUUAAUCUCUUAAAAAUUAAACGGAAUAACAAUCGGUUUGUAAAAUCACAUGCACAACUUCAAAUGGGUGAAACUUAAGAAAUAGAUUUUUAAUAUCUUUUCGAAA